AUGCUCAAGCCAAAUGCACCAAACAUCAUUGUCCCUCCUGAUGAGAUUGAAAAUGCGAUGGCUCCAUCAAACUUGAAGAAGAGGAAGAAAGGAACUCGUCAGAGCAAACUAGUAGUCACAGAGACCUCAGGCCCAACUGCUGUAGGUCCCACACCUGUUUUACAUGUCACAGAACAUGGAAGGUUCGGAUUGCAAGAUUAUCCACUUCCCUCAGUGUAUGUUGGCUCAAAGCUGUUGCAAACUGACCAAACAGCUUGUGGACCACACAAUCCUCCUCAGCUUGAUUCAACACCUCAUGUUGAGUCCCUUGUCAGUGCUCGUACUUUUGUUAGUCCUGCUGUCCAGGCUCCUCAGUCUGAUGUAAGAGUGUGUGCUGUCCAACCCUCUGCUCAUCUUAUCAAGCCUUCUGCUCGCCCUGUCAAGCCUUCUACUACUCACCCUGUCAAGCCCUCUGCUCGUCCCGUCAAGCCCUCUGCUCGUCCUGCGGAGCCCUCUGCUCAUCCUGUUGAGCGCCCAGGUGCCCAUACCGAUUUUGGUCAUUCUCGCUCAAGGUCAUUCACUCCCAACAUCAACUCUCACAGUCAACAGGAGCCAUCAACAUGGCAAGUCCUUCCAGGUGGUUCUGCUUCAUCUGUUCACCCAAAUUCCAUUGUGGAUGGAAGUGACGAUGAAACCGAACAGACUCAGACAGAUGGGGAAAUGGUUGUUGAGGAAGAUUUUGAUGUCGAGGAGACUCUGGAUGCCAGUUUCGAGGAAGAUAGCCAUGAGGAAGAUGCUAACUUUGAGGAAGAUGACAUCGACGUCGCUAUUAGUGGGGAAGAGCAAGAGGAUGGUAACGACAACUUAUGUAUGACAAGCAGAAAACACAUCAACAAUGAAGGACGAAAGCCAGCUGGCCAACCGCAGACCAAUGGCAAGCAAGCUUUCUCAUGUGCCACAGAAGUACCUAAUAUCAACUAUGAUCUCCUCCAGCGUCACCAUUCAAAUAACCAUAGGCCACAUUCCCCAUCACCCUCAUAUCUGAUUGGUGUCCAUGGGCAACACAAUAAUCCGCAUCCAAAGUCUAAGUGCCCUCGCACAAACAAACCCUCGCCUGCUAAUCACUUGCAAGGUUUGGACUGUGAUGAUGACAAGGUCAAAUUUGAUUGUGACUCUGGCGUUCAUAGCCACACCACCAAGAAGAAUAAGAAUGGGAAGGGCACCGCCAACCCAACCACCCUCGGAUUCUUCCCUCCUCUUUGGGUCAAACUGCUUGACUUUGCAAAGGCCAAUUUCAGGCAACACCUCACCAUUGUGGCCCCAUUCCCCCAACCCAUCGUGUAUUGGCAAGAGCAGAAGCACCAACUAGAGAAAGGCUACUACCCAAACUUCAAAGCAGAGAUGGCUAUUGUGAUUUUUAAUGAUGCUGCAACUUUUCGAAGCAAGAUCAAACAUGUUGCUCUCGCUGUGGUUCCCCUGGAAUACGAACUUAUCUCACAAGGGAGUUCCAUUGCAACUAUCAAAAGCAAGGCAUCUGGUCUUAUUCACCACUCAUUGUUUUUAUGUGGAGUAGCCGAUGCUCAGGGUCAUUCAUCUAACUUCGCGCAUAACGCGCUCCGCUCUAUUUGCCUUCGAGUUUUCUAUGAUAGUGGCUCGAAGUCUUUGUGUCAAUUCCCUGCCUUUCGAAAGACUAUUCCGGACAACGCUAUCAUCCUGAUUGCAACAAUUGUUCGAAACGUUCUCGACAUCUAUUCCAGGCAUGGUCAAGCAAACACAAAGCAAACAAACAUUAUAGAUUCGGAGAUCAUCUACAAGAAAAUUGCUGGCCUAUUCAAACGUGUUAGUGAUGACGAGUAUCAUGGUCCGAAGCUCCACAAGAUGCUUCAGUCUUGA